AUGUCAGGACGUGGAAAAGGAGGAAAAGCCAAGACCGGAGGAAAGGCCAAAUCUCGUUCAUCGAGAGCCGGACUUCAAUUCCCGGUCGGUCGUCUUCACCGUAUUCUCCGCAAAGGAAACUACGCUAGACGAGUCGGAGCCGGAGCCCCAGUCUACUUGGCCGCCGUUCUCGAAUAUUUGGCAGCCGAAGUUUUGGAAUUGGCCGGAAACGCCGCCAGAGACAACAAGAAGAGCCGUAUCAACCCAAGACAUUUGCAAUUGGCCGUCAGAAAUGACGAGGAAUUGAACAAACUCUUGUCUGGUGUCACCAUCGCUCAAGGAGGAGUCUUGCCAAACAUCCAAGCUGUUUUGUUGCCAAAGAAGACUGCUGGAGACAAGGAAUAA